AUUGGUUGGCCUAUUCCCUACCUUUCCCUUCCUUCCCCUUCUGCCUGCCUGUGGCAACUGCCAAGACACCUGACCGAGGUGUGGGCUUGCUUUGCUGCGGCGCACGCGCGCUACCAACUGGUGCCCUCCGUUCUUGCUCCCUCCGGGUGCGCCGCGCUAUGGCGAAGGGCGGCGCUGCCAUGGCGCUCGCCCUCCUGGCCGCGGCGGCCGCGCUCUUGUGCGCUGUGGCGGCGCUGCCCCGGCUGGAGCACCCGGCCAAGACCGACGGGUCGCUCAGCCUGCUCGUCGUCGGGGACUGGGGCCGCAAGGGGAUGUACAACCAGUCCCGGGUCGCCGAGCAGAUGGGCAGGGUCGGGGAGGAGCUCGACAUCGACUUCGUCGUAUCCACCGGCGACAACUUCUACGAGACCGGGCUGACGGGCGUGGAUGACCAUGCGUUCGAGCAAUCCUUCACAGACAUCUACACGGCGAAGAGCUUACAGAAGCCGUGGUACCUCGUUCUGGGAAAUCAUGACUACAAGGGUAAUGCUUUAGCGCAGUUUAGCCCAGUCCUACGGAAGAUCGACAGCCGAUUUAUUUGCAUGAGAUCAUUCAUCGUGAACGCAGAAAUUGCGGAUUUCUUCUUUAUUGACACCACCCCAUUUCAACUGAAAUAUUGGACUCACCCGAAAGGAAAUCAUUAUGAUUGGAGAGGAGUAGCACCCCGCGAGAAAUACAUAACCAACUUACUGAAGGAUUUGGAUGAGGCAAUGAAGAAAUCAACCGCAAAGUGGAAGAUUGCUGUUGGCCAUCAUACCAUGAGGAGUGUCAGUCACCAUGGUGACACCAAGGAGCUUCUCCAGCUGCUUCUUCCAAUCCUCAAGAUUAACGGCGUUGACUUCUACAUCAAUGGGCAUGACCACUGCCUGGAACACAUAAGCAGCAGAGACAGUCCAAUCCAAUACUUCACAAGCGGUGGCGGUUCCAGAGCAUGGAGAGGAUUCUUCCAGCCAAAUGAAGAUAGCCUCAAGUUCUUUUAUGAUGGGCAAGGGUUCAUGUCCCUCCAGCUACACCAGGACCAAGCUGACUUCAUCUUUUACGACGUUGAUGGGAAUAUACUGUACCGGUACUCCCAGUGGAGCUUGAGAAAAGCAUACCUCCCUGCAAGCUAUUUCGCUGAAGAAUGAGGCAGAUCCAAAUCACCAUUGUAGCAUUAGAUUGGUGCAGUUCUCUGUGAAAAAUUUGAAUGAGCCAUUGCGGUAAGUGGCAUAAGUGGUCUGGAAAUGAAAAAAAUGCUAGUAUUUAAUAUGUUGUGUCAUCUGCCAAAGAAACAUGUAGUGGCAUGCACUUCCUACUACAGUAGGAGCAGAGAUGCAAUGUGGAUGUGCAAGCCUGCAAGGUCCAUUUGUUUCUGGCAUAUGAGCCACUGGGAACUACUUAUGCAAUAUAGGAUUCGAUUGUAGGAAUAUUUACAGAUUCCACAAAUUAAGAACCAUGUUCUCUCUUGUGUUUCUAUGCGAGAGCAAGACGGAGGUACAUGGUUGUUUUGGCA